AGGUGGUGAGCGUUGAGAAGAUGGAGGACACGAGUCUGCUGCCCAACCCCAUCAUCGUCAGCAUCCGGAGCAAGAUGGCCUUCCAGUUCAUCGAGCUCAAGGACAGAGACAGCUUGGUGGAGAGUCUGCUGGGGAGGCUGAGGAAGGUCCAUGCUGACCACCCCGUGCGUUAUGACACCUCCACGAGUGAUGACAUGACUUCACCUGUGUUUCAUUCGACAAGCAUGUGCAGUGAGCAUAAGUUUAAGGAUCUUGAAAUGGUGUCUUCUCAAAAUAGCGAGGAGAGUGAAAGAGAGAAGAGCCCGCUGCUGCGCCCCGAGGCCCUGGUCGCUGUCUUCCAGCAGUCGGGCGGCCAGAGCCCCGACUCCCGAAUGUCCCGAGAACAGAUAAAAAUAAGUCUGUGGAAUGACCACUUUGUGGAGUAUGGCAGAACCGUGUGUAUGUUUCGCACAGAGAAGAUCCGGAAGCUCGUCGCCAUGGGGAUCCCUGAAUCUUUACGUGGAAGGCUAUGGCUCCUUUUCUCAGACGCCGUGACAGAUCUGGCCGCGCACCCCGGGUACUACGGGAAGCUGGUGGAGGAGUCGCUGGGCAAGUGCUGCCUGGUGACGGGGGAGAUCGAGCGCGACCUGCACCGCUCCUUGCCGGAGCACCCUGCCUUCCAGAACGAGACGGGCAUCGCUGCUCUCAGGAGAGUCCUGACAGCCUACGCCCACCGGAACCCCAAGAUUGGCUACUGCCAGUCCAUGAACAUCCUGACCUCCGUGUUGCUGCUGUACGCCAGGGAGGAGGAAGCCUUUUGGCUGCUGGUUGCUGUGUGUGAGCGGAUGCUGCCCGACUACUUCAACCACCGUGUGAUUGGGGCUCAAGUGGACCAGUCUGUCUUUGAGGAGCUCAUCAGGGAGCACCUCCCAGAGCUGGCAGAGCACAUGAACGACCUCUCAGCCCUGGCGUCCAUUUCUCUCUCAUGGUUCCUGACUCUGUUCCUCAGCAUCAUGCCUCUGGAGAGUGCAGUGAAUGUUGUAGAUUGCUUCUUCUACGAUGGAAUCAAAGCCAUCUUCCAGCUGGGGCUGGCCGUGCUUGAAGCCAAUGCCGAAGACCUGUGCAGCAGCAAGGACGAUGGCCAGGCCUUGAUGGUCCUCAGCAGGUUUCUAGAUCACAUUAAGAAUGAGGAGAGUCCGGGGCCCACCGGUGGCAGCCACCAUGCCUUUUUCUCCGACGACCAGGAGCCUUACCCUGUGACUGACAUUGCCGACCUGAUCCGGGACUCCUAUGAGAAAUUUGGAGACCAGUCUGUGGAGCAGAUUGAGCACCUGCGCUGUAAGCACAGGAUCAGGGUCCUCCAAGGCCACGAGGACACCACAAAGCAAAACGUGCUUCGUGUUGUUAUCCCAGAAGUCUCCAUUCUUCCUGAAGACCUGGAGGAACUCUAUGACCUAUUCAAGAGAGAGCACCUGCUAAGCUGCUACUGGGAGCCACCAUGCCCGCUGUCCCCGCGCCAUGACCCAGGCAGGCCCUACGCCGAGCAGUACCGCAUAGACGGCCGGCAGUUCGCGCGCCUGUUCCAGCUGGUCUCGCCGUGGACCUGCGGGGCCCACACCGACAUCCUGGCCGAAAGGACCUUCAGGCUCCUGGAUGACAACAUGGACCAGCUCAUCGAGUUCAGAGCCUUUGUGAGCUGCCUAGAUAUUAUGUAUAAUGGAGAAAUGAAUGAGAAAAUUAAACUGUUGUACAGGCUUCACAUUCCUCCAGCACUCACUGAAAAUGACCGAGACAGCCAAUCACCAUUAAAGAAUCCUCUGUUGUCGACGUCAAGACCCCUGGUUUUUGGGAAGUCCAAUGGUGAUGCAAUUGAUUAUAAGAAACAGCUGAAGCAGAUGAUUAAAGAUUUAGCCAAAGAAAAAGAUAAAGCUGAGAAAGAGUUACCAAAAAUGAGCCAGAGAGAAUUUAUCCAGUUCUGUAAAACUUUGUACAGUAUGUUCCAUGAAGAUCCAGAAGAAAACGACUUGUAUCAAGCCAUCGCCACAGUCACCACCCUGCUGCUGCAGAUCGGGGAAGUGGGGCAGCGCAGCAGCAGCUCGGGGAGCUGCUCCCAGGAGUGUGGGGAGGGGCUGCAGGCUUCAGCCCCUUCUCCUGAGCAGGACUCGGUUUUUACAGACACCAGGAAGACUCCCCAGGACUCCCAAGCAUUUCCUGAGGAGGCAGAAGGGGACUGGACUGUCUCCCUUGAACAUAUUUUAGCAUCACUUCUGACUGAACAGUCACUAGUAAACUUUUUUGAAAAGCCACUAGACAUUAAACCCAAACUUGAAAAUGCCAAGAUCAAUCAGUACAGUCUCAAAACUUCUGAAGUGAGCCACCAAUCACAGCCUGAACUCAAGCUGAGUAACCUGUAGCAAGAUAGUAGUUUGCUGUGGAGUACACUGGAGUCUGCCAUACCAAAGCACACACCGUUUCUUGGGUUGUCAGCCCAUAGCCCAGAUUUCAGUCGAAUUCAUUUUGAGUACACUUUACAGGCCGAGUGUCUAGAGAAGCAACUUGACAGAACCAUGGCCAGAGGAACUGAUGUAACCCUCAAGCAUUUCUAUUUAUUCAAGAGAAUUGUCAGUGUCAUGGAUGUCCAUCAGUUCCCUUGACACUGUGACAUGCAAUUUCACUUUAUCAGAUUUGUUGAAAAUGGGCCUUCUGCUGUGAUUCUGGUUUGAUUUUGUUCUCAGAUGACACACAAGUUGGAUGUGCUGCUCUGAGACAAAAGCCCCAAGCACUCAUUUUUUUACUUGGAAUGGUAAUGGGAGAGGGUCGAGAAUCAAGUUCAGUUUCAAGAUCUAAGCCACUACCUGUGCAAUUGUAUUUGGCUUUUUUUGCACUAAUUUUGUUUCAAUGCUGGUAAUUGAAACCAUUUUAAUAUAUUUGGUUGUAUUCACUUUGUAUGUCCCUCCAAAAAUGUUGUGUACAAACCAUGCUUUCCAUGUUGGCCUCCCAAGUUUUUUAAUAAGAAACUUUUUUUUGUAUUGA